GUCAGAGGUCGUAUGCUGAGUACCACCACAGCUAUAAUCCACUGGGACGGACCUGAGGAGGCUAACGGGCAGGUGGUGGGGUACAGAGUCUACUAUACAGACGAUAACACACUGCAAGUCAACCAGUGGGAGAAGCUGAUGGUCCGUGGUGCUAAUUUCAUCACCAUCCAGAGUCUGACCCCCAAUAAGACCUAUUACAUCAGAGUCCUGGCCUUUACCUCUGUAGGAGACGGACCUCUCUCCCAGGACCUGCAGAUCAUAGCCAAGACUGGAGUUCCGUCUCAGCCGUCAGACUUUAAAGGAGAGGCCAAGUCAGAGACCAGUAUAUUGCUGUCCUGGGUAGCUCCUCCACAGAGUGGGCCUGAAAACCUGAUCACUGGAUAUGAACUGGUCUACAGGAGGUCUGAUGACAACGAAGAGAAGAAGCUGAAUUUUGACCCCACCUCCUCCUACCUUAUGAAGAAUUUGAAGCCGUUCUCCUCCUACACCUUCCAACUGGCAGCACGUAGCAAACACGGCAUCGGAGCGUAUACCAACGAGGUUACCAUAGAUACACCACAGACACAACCCUCGGCCCCUCCCCAGGAGGUCACAUGCUCCAGCCCCAGCUCCACCAGCAUCCUGGUAAGUUGGGCUCCGCCCCUGGCGGAAUUCCAGAACGGAAUCAUAACGGGAUAUUCCAUCCAGUAUUCUGUCACGGAAGGGGACAACAGGACUUCCCAGCGAGUCAGCGACAUUCCACCGGAAAGCUCUCAGUACCUUCUGGAAAACCUGGAGAAAUGGACGGAGUAUGGAAUCACGGUCCGAGCGCUAACGGAAGCCGGAGAAGGACCAGAGAGUCUACAACUACUAGUACGCACCGAGGAAGAUGUUCCCAGUGGUCCUCCGCGCGACGUGGAGACGGAGGCGCUGAACUCGUCGGCGGUCAGGGUGGUGUGGCGGGCACCGGCGGUGGAGCGGCAACAUGGUCAGGUCAGAGGUUACCAGGUCCACUACGUCAAGAUGAACUAUGGAGAGCCCACUGGACCCAACCUCAUCAAGGAUAUACUCAUAGACGACUCACAGUGGGAAUACAAUGAAUCAACAGAAUAUGAGGUGGUUCUAGGGGAACUCCAGGCUGAUACUGCCUACUCUGUGUCUGUGGGGGCGUACACCGCCAAGGGAGACGGGGCACGGAGCAAACCCCAAACUCUCUGCACUACCCUCGCAC